GCUCCUUGCCGCGCGGGCGGGAGGCCGCUGGGGCUCGGGAGGCCCGCGCCUGACGCCGGCCACGCAGCGGCGGGAGGGCGCGCACCGCGGCGGCGGCGUCCUGGAGACCCCCGAGAGAUGGAAGCGGCGGCGCCGGCGGCGGCCGAGGCGGCGGGGCGCGAGGAGCUCGAUAUGGAUGUAAUGAGGCCCUUAAUAAAUGAACAGAAUUGUGAAGGGACAUCAGACGAAGAACAUGAGCAAGAACUCCUGCCUGUUCAGAAGCAUUACCAGCUUGAUGAUCAAGAGGGUAUUUCAUUUGUACAAACUCUUAUGCAUCUUCUGAAAGGAAAUAUUGGAACUGGCCUGUUAGGACUUCCAUUGGCAAUAAAAAAUGCAGGCAUAGUGCUUGGACCCAUCAGCCUUGUAUUUAUAGGAAUUAUUUCUGUUCAUUGUAUGCACAUUUUGGUACGUUGCAGUCACUUUCUAUGUCAGAGGUUUAAAAAGUCAACAUUAGGUUAUAGUGACACUGUGAGUUUUGCUAUGGAAGUAAGCCCUUGGAGUUGUCUUCAGAAGCAAGCAGCAUGGGGGCGAAAUGUGGUUGACUUUUUUCUGGUGAUAACACAGCUGGGAUUCUGUAGUGUUUAUAUUGUUUUCUUAGCUGAAAAUGUGAAACAAGUUCAUGAAGGAUUCCUGGAGAGUAAAGUGUUUGUUUUGAAUAGUACCAAUUCAUCAAAUCCAUGUGAGAGAAGAAGUAUUGAUCUAAGAAUAUAUAUGCUUUGCUUUCUUCCAUUUAUAAUUCUCUUGGUCUUCAUUCGUGAGCUGAAGAAUCUGUUUGUGCUUUCGUUCCUUGCCAACAUUUCCAUGGCUGUCAGUCUUGUGAUUAUUUAUCAGUAUGUUGUUAGGGAGCCACACCAUUGUGAACAGCCUGGGACUUACAGGUUGAAACAGAAUAUGCCAGAUCCCCACAAUCUUCCAAUAGUAGCUGGCUGGAAAAAAUACCCACUCUUUUUUGGUACUGCUGUAUUUGCUUUUGAAGGCAUAGGAGUGAUAAUGAACAAUAAGGGAAGAUUGAGAAACUCUCAGAGACCGGAGGAGAUUAAGGAGACAUGGCAACAAAAUGCAGUGUGGUAUCCUGGAUGUGGGACCCUGGAACAGAAGAAGGAUAUUAGUGGAGAAUCUAGUGAAAUUAAAGUUUUGAGUUUAAUAGUCCUUCCAUUGGAAAAUCAAAUGAAAGAAUCAAAACGCUUCCCCCAAGCAUUGAAUAUUGGAAUGGGAAUUGUUACAACUUUGUAUGUAACAUUAGCUACCUUAGGAUAUAUGUGUUUCCGUGAUGAAAUCAAAGGCAGUAUAACUUUAAAUCUUCCACAGGAUGUAUGGUUAUAUCAAUCAGUGAAAAUUCUGUAUUCCUUUGGCAUCUUUGUGACAUAUUCAAUUCAGUUCUAUGUUCCAGCAGAGAUCAUUAUCCCUGUGAUCACAUCCAAAGUUCAUGCUAAAUGGAAGCAAAUCUGUGAAUUCGUGAUAAGGUCCUUCUUGGUUAGUGUUACUUGUGCCGGAGCAAUUCUGAUUCCUCGUUUAGACCUUGUGAUUUCCUUUGUUGGAGCUGUGAGUAGCAGUGCAUUGGCCCUGAUCCUACCGCCUUUGGUUGAGAUUCUUACAUUUUCUAAGGAUCACUAUAAUAUAUGGAUGAUCCUGAAAAAUAUUUCUAUAGCAUUCACUGGAGUUGUUGGUUUCUUGUUAGGUACAUAUGUGACUGUUGAAGAAAUCAUUUAUCCUACUCCCAAAGUCGUAGUUGGAACUCCAGAAAGCCCCUCUCUAAAUCUGAAUUCAACAUGCUUUACAUCUGGUUUGAAAUAGAAGCAGAAUCGUGGGUCUUCUGCUUUUGUCUCAGUUCUGAAAAUGAUUUAAAUAAGCGCUAGUAGAAUACAUUGCCAUGUACUUAAAAAUAGAACCAAAUUCUUUUUUCUUUUGGCACAAUGUUGAUAUUUUGACAGUAAAUUGUAAUUCUUUACCAGUAGUAGUAAACUUCAGAAGAUUCUUGGUUUUAAGUAUUAGCAAUAAUUUUUAAAAAUUUAGUUUGAAAAUGGAAAAAAUUAAAACUAAAAAGCUACAAUGUAAAAAAAAAUUAAAAUAAAAAGAUCACUAUUCUUCAUUCCAUCAGAAAUAAUUUAACUAACAUUCUCUCUUUUAUUCCCAUGCUACUCUUUGCCAUUCAGUUGAGUAGAGAACAGGGUUUCAAAAAUAAGAAAAUUAAGGAAGAAGAGGUAAUGAAAAUUUCCAGACCAUUCCAGUGAAUGUCAACAUAUACUUUGUGUAUAAUGUAAAAAUAUCUCAAUUGUGUAUUUAUUACAGAGCCAUAUAUUUAUGAUUAGCCCCUGGAAGUACAGUAAACUUUUACUAACGAUAAUAUAAACAUCAGAAAUCACUAAAACCAGAAUUAUUUUUACACUUCUAUAAUGGUAGUUGAUCUUCAUAAUAUAAAUUAUAAGACACUGUACAAGAUUCUGAUUCAGUGUUUCAUUCAAAUUUGAAAGCGACUUUAAGAGUUAUCCAAUCAAUACCAUUUGCUUGUUUUUUUGACCUAAGAUAAAUUGAUGCCCAGAAAGGUUAACUAACUUGGUCAAGACCACUUAGCCUUGAGAUCAAGAGAACCUGACAUUUUGACUCCCACCCAGUCCAGGAUUUUUUAUUGUUCACAUUAUAUCCAGGUAAAAGAAUAAAUUAUGUUUAGUUUAAUUUUGGUGUUGAGUCUACUUAAUUAUAUUUUAAUACUUUGAAGUGGGUGAUCUUUGAACAGUAUAUGUGACCUGAGCAGAAAAUCAGAAAACUCUGAAAAGCCUGCAUUACAGAAUUUAUAUCUCAACAAGAAAAGCAGCAAUUUUUUUUUAAGCAGAAUAGAAACCAUUUGCUGGUUUAAGAGCUGGCUGGUAGAAAAUACUAUUUGUGAGUUAGCCUACAGUUCACCUAUUUGUGAGCUCUCCUUAUUGUUUUUUCUCUUUCUAGGUUUUGUAGGCAUCACCUUUCUUAAUGGCAGAAAAUAGGUCUGACAAAAUACAGAAUUUUUGCACUCUUUCCAGCCCUGUGGCCUUCCUUCUUACAACCUUUUAUUGAUCUGAAUGGGCAGAAUAAAUAAAAAAGAUUCAUGCUUAGGAAAAACCAAGACAAUAAUAAACUAUCUACUAAAUAUUCAGACACUAUAGGUUUCUUCCAGAAAAAUACCUUCUAUUACUCCAUAUUCUUCAAGCCCCAUUAUUAACCAAAACAGUCAAUCUUAAUUGACACUGAAGAUGAAAAUUGUUAAGUUUAAAACAUUGAGAGUCCUGAUUUUUUAAAAAAUUCAUACUUUAAAACAUUCAAGUUUUAAAUCAGGCUGGUGGUACUCUAAUUUCUAAUAUUAUAAGAUACAUCAAGAUCACUGUGAUAUAUAUAUUCUGUAUUUUUAUAUGUAAGUGUUCAUUUAGUUCAAGUAUUUUUUGCUUUACAUCAAGUACAAUCCUAAAGAAAUAUCAGAAGAUUUAUUUUUGUACAAACUCACAAGAAUCAAAACUUUUUUUAAACAUUUGUAUUAGGAAUCACCAGUAAUUGUUUAUGAUUCUUUUAUAUCAAAUCCUUUUUGUGGAGCCUGUAGUUAUAUUGAGAGAAUGUGGAAGAAAUUAUAGAAAAAGGAAUCAUCAUGGAAACUAAAGUUAUAUAAUCUUAAAUCCAAGAAUAAAUUAGGUGGGUGUUUCUAAUGUAUAGCUUGGUAUGAAAUGACUUGCAAACAUUAAUAGAAAACACUAUUAGGUUUUUGUCAGCUGUCUUCAAAUAAUAUUUCUUGUGUGGAAUUUUAUUUUUAUACUUUGACAUUUUCUUCGUGAAUUCAUCAAAUUUAUGAAAUUUUAAAUAGUUGAUCAUAGCAAAAAAUGAAUUUUGAAUUCAUCAUGAACAAAUGUUGAGUACAUUACCAACCAGGGUUCUUUAUGGCAAUGAAUGCUAAAUUGAUAUCCAAUACUUAGUUCACUAAAUUAUCAAUAUCUUAAGUACACGGGAAAAGUUAUAAUGUAGAAAAGAAGAGGAGCUACAAAGGGAGAGGGUAGUUUUAAUUCUUAAUAGGACACACUAUUUAGAUGUAAAGUAUAAAUGAACUCUUGGGCUUUCAAUGUAUUUUAUUUGAAAAAAAAAAAAGGGCAGUAUUUUUCAUUUGAAAAUUUAGUUUUAGUCAUAACAUUUUCUAAAGAUUUUUGGAGAAAACCAGCUGUUGAUUUUAUUUGGGGCCUGUGAAGAUGAGAGGGAUUACACCUGUCAGAUUUUGUAUUUGCUGUCUUUGGUCCAUUACAUUAUGGCUAAAAUGACAUCAGCAUUUCAUCUGCCAGCACAGCACCCUCUUCUCUGAAAGCUAAUCAAGUGCCUGCGAGCCUUUUCUGCUGCUGAGGUGGGUGAGAGAAAAGAAAGCUUUACUUACCUCUGAUGACCUCUGUUCUAAGUUCAUUAUCAUUAUUCCAUAACAUCGAAAAAGGUUUCAUCAGUUUCAGAGUCAGCCUAUCAAAAACACUGGUUUUUCAUCAUUUUUUUAUCAGAGGAUUUUCUUUACCCCAUAGGGCCAGAUUUCUCCACAAUUAAAUAAGAACUAGGGAUUUUUCUUGUUUAAAGACCAAUUUGUGUGAUGUUACCAAAUGAAAAAAGUGUACUGUAUUAGCAAAUGUACAUUGUCUUUUAAUUCUAUCCUCACCAGAUACUCCUUUAUUAAAAUCAUUUCUGCCUCUUGCCUAGGCAUAAAAUGGAAGCAAAAUCCUUACAUAAGCAUUUAUGCAAUGUGCAUGUUGUAAGGGUUCCUAACAGGGUCUAAAUUCAUUCAAUACUUUCAUAAUAGUUACAGAAAAGCUAUCUUAACUGCAAAGUACUAUAAAUACAUUAAUUGAAAUAUUAAAGUUCUGUCUAGUGCCCUCUCCAGCUGUGACAAGCACAGGGCUUACUAUCACCUACCUGUGGUAAGCUUCAUCUGUUCACUAUAGAUGUCAGUCAGUACAGCAUCUGAAUAGUGUAUUUGUUCAUUGAUGCCCUCAUUAGGCCUUGGCCUCAGUUCUCCUUUAUUUAAAAGGGAGAAGAUUCGGAAUAGAGAUAAGGGAAAUUAUUUAAUAAAGUUAUUUAAAUAAUACUGGUGGCUCAUUGAAUUUCCUGUUGAGGCAUAAAAUAAUUUAGUAAAAAUAUAUAGACCAUUGAUAAGGUAAAAGGAGUUUUCUAUUUUGAUCUUUUUGGUUCAAAUAGCUUCCCCUUCAUAAGAAAAUGUGAGCAGCUUUGGUCUAAAAGGGGUAACAAUGUAACAUCUUAGAAGGUUGACCAUAAUAGUAUGUAUACUUUGGCAGUAUAAUGAUCAAUCUUGUUCAUCCAUUAGGGCACACCAGGCUAAACACCUUUUUUGAAAAUGGUUGGUUUUUACCUGGGAGAUAGAAAAAUGCUUAGGAAAUGACUAGAAAUGGCAUUUACUGCCGAAUGAAAAAUGAAAUGAUAAAUCACUCUCAUUCUUAAAAUUUUGUAUUAAAAUUAGCUAUUUCUAAUGUGCACACACCAGUAAUCUAUGUGAAUUAGAUACCACUACUACUGACCAUUUAAAUUGAGUUCAGAAAGAUGUGUUGAAAGAUCACUGUAAAAAUUAUUCCAGUAGCUUUUUCUUGAUAAUAAAUAGGCAAAUACAUGUUAUACCUUGAAUAAAUUAAGCUGUGGAUUUUUAUGGUUUUUUUAAAUGAUUUUUGUUAGUUUGAAAACUUAAUAUCAUUGCACUUCAGUCAGUCCUUUUUCCCUUAAUUUUUUUUCUUCACAAUAUGAAAAAAUCUGUCUUAAGGUACUGUGACUUCUAAAUUUUCAAUAAAACACAAUUAUUUUGCUUGUA